GCAUUCUCGAAUCCAACGACUUGCGCCAUCACCACUGCCAUGGCCGCGCCCGAUCAACAAUACGACGAGCUCUACAAAGUGGUGCUUGUGGGGGACCCUGGAGUCGGCAAGACGAAUCUCCUUGCAUACUUCACUGCAUCGGACGAAGAUAUGGCGAUCGAUGCAUCCACGAACGCGUCCAAGAUUUUCAGCAACGUCAGAAAACCUACGAUUGGCGUGGAAUUUGGCACAAAGAUUAUCACCCAUCCUAAUGGCAAACGUAUCAAGGCUCAAAUUUGGGAUACUGCUGGCCAAGAGCGCUACCGUGCUAUCACAAGCUCGCAUUACCGUCGUGCGGCGGGAGCGCUGAUUGUCUACGAUGUGAGCAGCCGCACGAGCUUCGACAAUGCUCAAGGACAUUGGCUCAAGGAAUUGCGCAACUCUGCCGACACGAAUAGUACUUUGCUGUCAUGUUUGAUGCUGGUGGGCAACAAGAUCGAUUUGGACCCAGCAGACACGGUGGUCACCCCCGAAGACCACGAAUCCGCCGUUUUAGCUGCCGAUGGCAUUCUUGAUAUCCGCGCUUCAGCCAAGACCGGUCAAAACGUUGUCGAAGCGUUUGAGAAACUCGUGAUUGGUGCGUGAAUUGUCUCGUGAGCAAGGUUGAACGUUGUGGCUGCAGAGGUGUACAACCAAGACAAGGCACGGAAUGCGACGCCAGAAGAGAAGCCCUCCGCCUUGGAUUUGAGCGCACCAGUUGAGAAGAAGAAGAAGAAUAGCUGCUGUUGAUCUUUGCGUGGUCUGUUGGAAACUUUGAAAACUAACUUCGAAACAAUUUUAAAUACCUGGAGAUGUGAAUCCAAUGCGUUUCG